AUGGUGGUGCCGGUGGCCGAGGCCGGCGCGGGGGCGUCCGCAGGUCGGCAGCGGCUGCUGCUGGUGCAGGCGGCUCGGCGACGGCAGCCCCUGCGGCGCACGCGCAAGAUGGCCGUGAACUUCGUGGCGGCUACGGACGCGGCGCGCCAGUGGGCGGGGGCCGGCCCGCCCCGCCCGCCCGCUCCGGCGCCCGCGCCCGCCCCGCGCGCCCGGCCGCGCCCCGCCCGCGCCGCGCCACGUCGCGCUCGUGCCCCUGGGCGACGCGCGCAUAAGCCACGCCCCCCGCCCCCCCGCCGAGAGGACGAGCGCCCCCGCGGGGACCACGCCCCCGCCAGCACAGCUGUUGUCAACCAGCUUCCUCAAUCUUUCACUGAUACAAAUGAUUCUUUUCGGAAGGAAAUUCAAUGGGAUGUUGGCCAUUACCUCUUGCAUCGGCGCCAACAAGUCCUCCAAUGUGCGGGGUUUGGACUUCUACACCUCCUCUUUAAUGUAACUCUUCAAGUACGAAAUCACACGGACUACUACUUGCUGGCCAUUCAUGAGAUCCACGCCUCCCAAGCCAACGUCCAGGAAAUUAAUGGUCCAACCAUUCGCAAACCAUUAGUGCAAAAUUGCGUGGCAUUAAUAUUAAUCACCAAAGAAAUUAAUCAGUUAAAUCAAUCAAAAUACACAACAUUAAAUUAUUUGAAAAUGCUCUUGGGUGAGAAAUGUAUAGCCAACCAGUGGUUGCAAAGACAUGCUUGUAUUAUUCCAUCAAAAAAUGCUAAAAACUAGUGGUAAUGCAAUACAACACUAACUUUCUUCUAUUAUUUGUAAAUUUUAUAAACACACAACAUUUACAGCAUAGUAUGUAAUAUUUAA